AUGGCACAUUGUACAUUCAAUCUCGUAGCGCUGGCUGCCGCGAUCAUAUGCACCGAAAGUUUAGAUCUCUCUCACCAACAACUAACAAGAAUCACGAGAACUAGCAAUUUAUUUGCAUUCUACAAUGACAAUCAGCUCGUCACAACAGUCUCAAACUCGAAUCUUUCGCUAGAAUCACAUUUAUUACUGCAAAACAAUUCGCUCACGAACAUUCCACUAUCGCUCUUCCAGGCCGCUAAUAAUGUCAAUUUCAUAGACAUUUCUUAUAAUCCUCUUGUUCAUCUCGAAGCAGGUUCUUUCGUCGGGAUGCCGAAUCUCCACAUUCUUCUGUGCACAAAUACAAAUAUUACGGUGCUACCCGAUAAUUGUGUACGUCACUGCCCUCAAUUACACACGAUCUCAUUCAAUCAAAGUACAAUAAAUCAAGUUGAAGAACAAGCACUCACAGAUUUAGCAGCAUUACAUUCAUUGGAUCUAAGCCACAAUAAGCUUGAAAAUAUCCCAAGUACAUUGUUUACAGUCUCGACAUCGUGGAAAGCUCUCGACUUUUCGCAUAAUUAUAUCCAAGAGGUUCCAUUUGGCAUCCGAAAUGCUGUGGCUGAAGGAUUUAUCUCCUUCGACUACAAUGCAUUGAUAGAGAUUGAAACGGGUGCGUUUGCUGAUGCCUCGGAAAUUCAUGAGCUUCGAUUAGCGUCAAAUGCGAUCUUUACACUCAAUUCGAGAGCUUUCGUCGGAAUGUCAGCACUUCGAAAGUUAAAUUUAAGUGAUAAUGUCAUCUCUUUAAUUGAUAUCGACGCAUUUGUUGGAGUAGACGGACUCGAGGAUCUCAUAUUAGACACGAAUAAUAUUCAUCGUCUGACUCUAUCGUCUAUUCCGAGUGGCUUAAAGCGUUUAGAGCUGCAAAAUAACUUAUUGGAUGUCAUGCCAAAUUACCCGGAUGACUUUAAGGCAUCCCAGCUAAUCUAUUUAAAUCUCAGUCACAACUUCUUGUGGUCAAUUUCGACUAAUGAUGCGCUGAAGCCUUACAUUGGACUUAAGACAUUAGAUCUCAGCAAUAAUCGUAUCGUGAACUUCAGUGGCGCUGUCUUUGACCCAAUUAUGACAAGCAUCGAAUUCAUAAAUUUUGACUCGAAUCUCAUCACGUCGAUUCCGAGCACAAAUUUCAUCGCAUUAGUCACGAAACUACGGACAAAUAUAACCUUAAAAAAUAAUCCUGGGAUUGGCUGGUCAUCAAGCACUAUGCGUCCGCAUUGCCCGGGUGGAAGUGUUUUAAACAAACUUGUACUCUAUGUAGCAUCUCAAUCUACUGAUAGUGUCUAUCUCUACGGAUGCAUUCAGUGUGUUGCUGGUACCUUUCACGAUAACUCGACUGGAAGCUGUACAUUAUGUACACAAGUCUCUCCACGAGCGUAUUCGGAAAUUGAUGGCGCGACAGACUGUUUGUACUGUCCUUACUCGUCUGACUUGGCACUUGGUCGAACACAUUGCAACGACUUUCAAUGCAACAUUCUGUGUUGGCUGACAAUAUCAAUGAGCAUUGCGAUUCCAGGAGUCAUUUUCACUAGCAAGUUUUUGCUUUAUUUUAUUAUGAGAAGCUCCAAACACUCACGUCAAGCGAGUAUCAAAGAGCAAGAAGCAAUGAACGAUUGGCGCAUGGGACUUUUAAUGCAUGAAUUGGCUGAUUCUUGCACUCCAAGUGAUUCGUUAAUGAAGGAUGAAAUUGAUGAAGAAGCAUCUGAUCGUGGUGAAGUGCCUUUAAGGAUCUAUGAUCUUCCAGAAGAGACGAGAGAAUUAGUACUCAGUACUUUACGAGAUUAUUUUCAAAUUCGCAAGGAAAAGCGAUGGCAAGCACUCUCCAUUGAGGAACAUGAAAGAACACGUGAUUGGCAUGACGUCGAGUGGGAAAGUUUUCACAUGCAUCGAAUCCUCAGUCGAAGUUAUCAUGGUGAAGUCUUUCUGGGUGAUUACUGUGGAACGCAAGUCGUUGUAAAACGAUUGAUGACACUACGAUUCAACGUUAAGGAAUUAGCAGAUAUGAUCAAAGAUGUAGAGUUGAUAAGCUCUUUUCACCAUCCACACAUUGUCACAUGUCUUGGGACAAUGUGGUCGAAUAAAGAGCAUUUUUGCAUCAUUUACGAGUACAUUAAAGGCGGAGACUUGGCUGCGAUCCUCGAGAUCAAUGGUCUGGAUAGUCUUGAUCGACAUGAUGCAGUACUAUCACAACAUUCAGCAUCUUCAGAUGAAGAAAUGGAGUCUCAAAAAACGAUUUUUCGCAUAUCGAAAUCUGCGCUUUUAAUUCGAUUUCAAAUGGCACUCGAUAUUUGCAUGGCACUCGUAUAUAUGCACACCCAAGGCAUUUGCCACAAUGAUUUACGAAGUCGAAAUAUCUUGGUAAAUGAAGUCUAUCGUUGUAAAAUAGGUGAUGCUCGGCACUUUAGUCGCGAUGAGACGCACCAUGCUACUCAUGUAACGCUUACGGAAAGCGUUGCAGUAGAGUCGGAUGGAGAUUAUAGCGAAAAUUCGGAAGACACGCGAUUGUUCCAACCAGAACCGGAAGUUUCUCAUAUUGAUAUUUCUCCAACACUAUCGUUGGUGGCUCCAGAAAUAUUGCAGCAUAAUUCUCGACAUCUUCAUGUGGACAUUUACAGCGUUGGAAUUGUACUGUUGGAGCUUUGGUUUCAGUCGUAUAUUAACAUUCGAAAGGAUUCGUUAAAUGACGACAAUAAAGAGCGAAAUUAUCCUGAUAAGAUGCAAUUUAAUAGUCACAAGACAGCCAGAAAUUCUACCGACAAAGGAUGUUCCGAUCCGAGGAAUAUGGAGCACAAUGCUGCAAUGCAUCACUUUAUUUGCAAAUUGCGUAUGCUCGCGAAUGUUAGCACGGAUUUGGAAGCUGAUGAAAACAGUUUUGGUACAACAAUGACUUCUUCAUUGACUCUUUCACGUUCGUCUUCGAGCGCUGUUAUUGAUAUAAUGUUAAAAACUAUUGAAGAUUGUCUACAAAGUGAUCCAAAACGUAGACCAACGGCCAGUGCGCUCGUACAUUUAUUUCAACGAUUUGUUGACGAGAUUAAUGCAAGUAAAUAA